AUGGAUCAUCUCUCAGUCAACGGCGACCAGCCGCUGAAUCCGGCAAGACACAAGCUGGUUGAGCAAGUCAUCAGGACACCAGGGAGACAACCCUCCCCGCAACCGACUUUGCUAGGAGUGCCCGGGGCCUCCCAAUCCAAUCAAUCGUUACAUCGUAUCCUGUCGGACCAUAGUCCCGGAUAUGUGGCUCCUCAAUUCGAAGGCAAGAGGGCGCAAAUGGAAGAGGUUAUGGACCUCAUCGAAGAGAAGGGCUUUCUGCCCACCGAAUUUAUUGCCUCCGAGACCGAAUGGUUCUACAAUUCCCUGGGAAUCGACGACAUGUACUUCUCCACGGAAACCGUCGAAGCCGUGGCAAGCAACAUCCUUUCGUUGUAUGCGGCCAAGCUCGCAGCGUAUGCCCGGGAUGACAAGAAGCUCGAGAUCAGAUUGGCCAAAGAGGCCUCGGAUCAUGCGGUCUACAUUGACACAAGCAAGCCUGGAAUAAGCAUCAUUGACGGGCCGAGAUACGAACAGAGAAUUGACGAGAAAUACAUCGACGGUUCUACACCCUCAAAGAGCUUCCGUGUCGAGUCCUUCCGAUCGAACAAUGCUCUGCCGGAGAAUCCGGACGAGUCGCUGCGAUGCUAUUUCGUUUACGAGUGUCAAUUCAAGAACCCGACUCCUGGGUCCAAUGAGACGGACAUCGAGGUCAUCGGUGAGAAGCGGUUUCUGCAAAAGGCAACACAGAAAACCAAAGAGAUCUACCAAGAGAUUAUCACCUAUGCGGUUUCCCGGACUGGCCCAGUCAUCGAGAUGUUCGAGAUGGAGGGCACCCGAGAAAAGAGACUGGUUAUUGCCUACCGUCAAGGGUCGGCCAUGGGCGUGUUCAGUGCCCUGUCAGAUCUCUACCACUACUACGGAGUCACGAGCUCUCGCAAAUACGUCGAGCAGUUCUCCAACGGCAUCACAGUUGUCUCUCUUUACUUGAAACCGGCCAGCAAUGAAAUUGCCAAGUCGAGAUACCCCCCAAUCGAGGCAUCGAUCCAUCAAAUCAUCAAAGAGGUCUCUUUGCUGUUCUGCGUCCCUCAGAACAAACUUCAGGGACAGUUCGCAAGUGGGAAUCUGAGCUUACAAGAGAGCAUCUACGCCCACUGCGUGCACGUCUUUGUCCAGCAGUUUCUCAACCGGCUCGGCUCCGAGUAUACGUCGUUGGUCGCGGCGUUGAAAGGAGACACCAACGCCAAUGCGGAGCUGCUUUCAAAGAUCAAGAAGCGGCUGCGAACAGAGACGUUCACCUCAGACUAUAUCCUCGAAAUCAUCAACAAGUACCCCGAGCUCAUUCGUAAUCUGUACUUGUCCUUUGCAAGCACCCACUACGUGCAGACUCGAGGUGAGCAGGAUGAUUUUAUCCCCACGCUCAGCUAUUUGCGGUUGGACGUGCAAAACGUUAUGGACGAUGCAGCAUUGGCUGAGAUGGUGUCAACGACCACCCAGAACCAACACGACGAGAUGGUCAUGCAAUACUUUUUGACCUUCAACCGAGCAGUCUUGAAGACCAACUUCUACACUCCGACCAAGGUGGCACUCAGCUUCCGUCUCAAGCCCAGCACCGAAUUCCUACCCGAGCAUGAAUAUCCACAGCCGCUGUACGGGAUGUUCUUGGUCAUUGGGUCAGAGUUCAGGGGAUUCCAUCUUCGGUUCCGCGACAUUGCGCGUGGUGGCAUUCGGAUCGUCAAGUCUCGUAACAAGGAACUUUACGCAAUCAAUGCCCGGACUCAAUUCGACGAAAACUACAACCUUGCCAACACUCAGCAGAGAAAGAACAAGGACAUCCCGGAGGGCGGCUCCAAGGGUGUUAUCCUUCUUGAUUGGCAACAUCAAGACAAGGCUCGUGUAGCCUUUGAGAAAUAUAUCGACAGCAUUAUGGAUCUUCUUCUCCCUCCCACGAGCCCUGGUAUCAAGGAUCCCAUCGUUGAUCUGCAUGGACAGGAGGAGAUCCUGUUCAUGGGUCCCGACGAGAAUACCGCCGACCUCGUGGACUGGGCUACAGAACAUGCCCGUGCCAGAGGAGCGCCGUGGUGGAAGUCCUUCUUUACCGGCAAGAGCCCCAAACUGGGUGGUAUUCCCCACGACGCAUACGGAAUGACGACUCUGUCAGUCCGCGAGUAUGUUCUGGGCAUUUAUCGCAAGCUGAACCUGGAUCCGAGCAAAAUCAGAAAGCUGCAGACCGGUGGUCCAGACGGCGACUUGGGAUCUAACGAAAUUCUCCUCAGCAAAGAGAAGUACACGGCCAUCGUUGAUGGCUCUGGUGUCCUUGUUGACCCGGAAGGGCUGGAUCACGACGAGUUGAUCCGCCUAGCCAAGAAGCGAGUGAUGAUCUCGCAAUACGAUAUCUCCAAAUUGUCACCACAAGGAUACCGCGUGCUGGUGGAGGAGAACAACGUGACAUUGCCUUCUGGCGAAAAGGUCCACAACGGCAUGACCUUCCGCAACACAUUCCACCUCCGCGAUGCUUCACAAUACGACCUCUUUGUGCCUUGCGGUGGUCGGCCGGAAUCCAUCGACCUGUCGAGCGCUGGCAAGCUGAUCGUGGACGGCAAAUGCAAGAUCCCAUACAUUGUCGAGGGCGCCAAUCUGUUCAUCACGCAAGACGCCAAGCUUCGCCUUGAAAAGGCUGGCUGUGUUAUAUACAAAGAUGCCUCGGCCAACAAGGGCGGCGUCACUUCGUCGUCACUCGAGGUCCUGGCAAGCUUGUCCUUUGACGACCAGGGAUUCAUUGAGAACAUGUGUGUUCACAGUGAUGGAACUGUCCCUGAGUUCUACAAGACAUAUGUGAAAGAAGUACAAGAGACGAUCAAGCGCAAUGCUCGACUCGAGUUUGAAGCCAUCUGGCGUGAACACGAAGCCACGGGGGUGCCUCGCUCCACCCUCUCGGACCAACUGUCUCUCGCCAUCACGAAACUAGACGAAGACCUCCAAAACUUCAAUGAUCUAUGGAACAACAAGACUCUUAGACAUCAGGUUUUCAAAGAGGCGCUGCCCAAGACGCUACAGGACAAGGUGGGACUGGACAAGAUCUUGAGCCGUGUGCCGGACAACUAUCUCAAGUCCAUCUUUGGCAGUUUCUUGGCCAGUCGAUUUGUGUACGAGUACGGAGCGACGCCCAGUCAGUUUGCGUUUUUUGAUUUUAUGAGUAAGAGGCUCGCGGGAGCCAUCUCCAACGGGCAGUGA